AUGGUAAAGAAGUUAAAACUUGAAAGGAUAAAACAUCCUAACCCAUACCAGAUAGAUUGGGUUCAAGACACUCAGAAGUUGCUUGUGAAUGAGAAAUGUAAUGUGAAGUUCAAGAUUGGAAACUAUAGUGAUGAAAUCCUAUGUGAUAUCGUCCCCAUGGAUGCUUGUCACAUUUUGCUUGGAAGAACAUGGAAAUGUGAUAGAAAAGCCAUACAUGAUGGGUGUGUCAACACCUAUACAAUUAUGAAAGAUGGAGUGAAGCAUAAGCUGAAACAUUUGAAGGAGGAAAAUGUUCAAGUUUGUAAUAAUGCUAGAGUUUGUUUAGUUGAUGCUAGAAAAUUUCUUUAUGGUAUGAAGCAUGAGAAGUUUUGUUUUGCUAUUAUUCCUAAAAAUUACAAAGAUGUGGGUAAAGAAAUUCCUACAGAAGUUGCAAAAUUGUUGCAGGAGUUCCAAGACAUAGUAUCUAAUAAUGCACCGAAGGGACUCCCAUCGUUGAGAAAAAUUAGCCAUCAAAUAGAUUUGGUUCUAGGAGUUGGUUUUCCAAACAAGGCGGCUCAUAGAAUGACUCCUACUAAGACAGAAGAACUCAAUAGGCAAGUGGCAAAGUUACUGGAGAAGGGCUUGAUUCGAGAGAGAUAG